ACGCCUAGACUUAAAGCCAAUUGUACAGUAAAGACUGUAAAGGCAUCUGCAGCUUACACUUUUCGAACGCAAUGGACGUCGCAAGAGGAGCCACUCAGCUUCUCUCUUCCCAGAACGUCGGAGAUCUUGUCGAUUCCGUCGAAGCUUUUCUCUUCGACUGCGACGGUGUGAUUUGGAAGGGUGAUGCACUUAUUGAUGGCGUCCCGCAGACAUUGGAUAUGCUUCGCUCCAAGGGAAAGAAGUUGGUGUUUGUGACCAAUAAUUCCACAAAAUCAAGGAGGCAAUACGCUAAGAAAUUUCAUUCCUUGGGAAUUUCUGUCAAUGAGGACGAGAUAUUCUGCUCAUCCUUUGCGGCUGCUAUGUUCUUGAAGGUCAAUAAUUUUCCAAGAGAAAAAAAGGUUUAUGUGAUAGGUGAGGAAGGUAUAUUGGAAGAGUUGGAGCUUGCUGGAUUUACUGGUCUUGGUGGCCCGGAGGAUGGCAAAAAGACAGUACAGCUGAAACCAAAUUGCCUCUUUGAACAUGAAAAGACUGUUGGAGCUGUAGUUGUUGGACUAGAUCAGUAUAUUAACUAUUACAAGCUUCAAUAUGGAACCCUUUGCAUUCGUGAGAAUCCUGGAUGCCUUUUCAUUGCUACUAAUCGCGAUGCAGUCGGACAUAUGACUGAUUUGCAAGAGUGGCCUGGUGCAGGGUGUAUGGUGGCUGCUAUUUGUGGAUCAACCCAGAAGGAGCCUAUUGUAGUUGGAAAGCCGUCCCCCUUUUUAAUGGACUUCUUAGUACAAAAAUUUCAAGUCAGUUGCUCCAAAAUGUGUAUGGUGGGUGAUAGAUUAGAUACUGAUAUCUUAUUUGGACAGAAUGCUGGAUGCAAAACUCUUCUUGUACUUUCAGGAGUAACAAGUCAACCUACUCUUCUAGACCCUUCAAAUAACAUCAAACCAGAUUAUUACACAAACAAAGUUGCUGACAUUUUGGGACUACUGGAACCAUAACCCAACAUUCUUUCGGCCCAUGUGUUUAUGCUGGUGGCAAUUAUUAAUAUGGUGCUGACUGGCAUUAAUUAUCUUAUUA